AUGGUCUCUGCCCACACAGGUCCAACGGGCGCUCCUCCAAGCGGAGCCUUGGAGGACAAGGCCGGCACCAUUACCUCCAACGAGUGGAGCUCUCCCAACUCCCCCGAGGGGAGCAACGUCUCUGGGGGCAGCCAGGCAUUGGACAAGCCCAUCGACAAUGAUGCGGAGGGCGUGUGGAGCCCGGACAUCGAGCAGAGCUUCCAGGAGGCGCUGGCCAUCUACCCGCCCUGCGGCCGGCGCAAGAUCAUCCUGUCGGACGAGGGCAAGAUGUACGGUCGGAAUGAGCUGAUCGCCCGCUACAUCAAGCUCCGGACAGGGAAGACCCGCACUCGGAAGCAGGUCUCCAGCCACAUCCAGGUGCUGGCUCGUCGCAAAGCCCGCGAGAUCCAGGCCAAGCUAAAGGAUCAGGCAGCUAAGGACAAGGCCCUGCAGAGCAUGGCUACCAUGUCGUCCGCACAGAUCAUCUCCGCCACAGCCUUCCACAAUAAAAUGGCCCUCAGCCGGGGCCCAGGCUACCCAGCAGUCUCAGGGUUUUGGCAAGGAGCUUUGCCAGGCCAAGCCGGAACGUCCCACGAUGUGAAACCUUUCUCUCAACAAACCUACAACGUCCAGCCUGCACUGCCCCUGCCAGGGUUUGAGACUCCUGCAGGACCCGCCCCGUCGCCACCAGCACCCCCGUGGCAGGGCCGCAGCGUGGCUAGCUCCAAGCUCUGGAUGUUGGAGUUCUCUGCCUUCCUGGAGCAGCAGCAGGACCCUGAUACGUACAACAAGCACCUGUUCGUUCACAUUGGCCAGUCCAGCCCAAGCUACAGUGACCCCUACCUCGAAGCCGUAGACAUCCGCCAGAUCUAUGACAAAUUCCCGGAGAAAAAGGGUGGGCUCAAGGAGCUUUUUGAACGAGGACCUUCCAAUGCCUUCUUUCUUGUGAAGUUCUGGGCAGACCUCAACACCAACAUCGAGGAUGAAGGCAGCUCCUUCUACGGGGUCUCCAGCCAGUACGAGAGUCCAGAAAACAUGAUCAUCACCUGUUCCACCAAAGUUUGCUCUUUUGGCAAGCAGGUGGUGGAGAAAGUAGAGACGGAAUAUGCCCGCUAUGAGAAUGGCCACUACUCAUACCGUAUCCACCGGUCCCCACUCUGUGAGUAUAUGAUCAACUUCAUCCACAAGCUGAAGCAUCUGCCCGAGAAGUACAUGAUGAACAGCGUGCUGGAGAACUUCACCAUCUUGCAGGUGGUCACCAACAGAGACACGCAGGAGACGCUGCUGUGCAUUGCCUAUGUCUUUGAGGUGUCGGCCAGCGAGCACGGGGCUCAGCACCACAUCUACCGGCUGGUGAAAGAAUAAGAGACUUGGGGUGCAGGGAGGGGGGAGAGAAGUGUGUGCAGGGCCACGGGGAGGGGACCUGCAGGGACAGCUCCUGAAAUGGCCAGGGAGCCCAGGCUCCAAGGUCAUGAAUAGUCCUACUCAGGAACAAACUGUGCCUGAACCUGCAAUGCCCAGCCCCAAAUAAACCCAAGAUGUUGUGUAUU